GUUGUCGUGAAAUUCAAUUCAAUUAAGACGGCCGGCGGGAAUGAAGAAACGCGGGCAGGGUUUGUGGUCGUGCGGUGAAGUUACUAUUCAUGUAUUCCUCGCAGCCUUUUCUGUAACGGCGGCAGCGGCGGCGCUGUCAGAUAGUGAGGCCGCAGUAAUCCAAGAACUGAAGGAGAGUCUUAACAUUGAUGACGGCACUUGGAAUCCGAUGACCGACAAGUGCAAUUGGACAGGCGUCAAUUGCGAUGUCCCUCGGAGCUCGGUUUUAGGUGUAUUAAUUGCGGACUUUAAUCUCAGCGGGACUCUGCCGGCAAGUGUAGGAAACCUCACCCAAUUGCAGGCAUUCGAUGUGAGGGGCAACCGCAUCACCGGGCCGGUUCCCGACUUUAACGGGUCGGUCAAUCUCCUUUACCUCCUCAUUGAUGGAAACUCCUUCACUUCAAUCCCGCCCACUCUAUUCGACUUCAAUCCUCAACUUACUUACGUUUCUCUAGACUAUAACCCACACCUUUCCCCAUGGAAGAUCCCCAAUAGUCUGAAGACCUGUUCGAACCUCACCUAUUUCUCCGCCGUCCAUUGCAACCUUAACGGGACCUUCCCGGCCGUCUUCAACGACCACAAUUUCCCGAUCUUAAAUACCCUUCGUUUGAUGUCCAACCAUUUAUCCGGGAAGAUCUCUCUCGCCCAGCUGCCCGCCUCUUUGGAGACUCUGUGUAUCAGCGCAGGACCUAGAGAGGGUCAUGGCGACGCAAGCGCCCCCGCACCAUGUUCAGAAAAACACUUCUAUUAGUCUUUUGGAUCAAACGGGAUAAAAAACAUGAGGGCCUGUUUAUUAAAGAGAUAUUUUCUUACUCUAUAUUUCUGUUUUUCGUUCUCCAAUUUUCUGUUUUUAUUUUUCAGCUUUCCUAUCUCCAGUUUUAUGUUUCUAUUUUCUAGUUUUCCAUUUUCAAAUCUGAAAACAUGUUCAUCAAUUUUUUCACCCA